ACGACGAGCUGCACUCGGAGGAUAACAAGAAGAGCCGACAACCGCGCAGCUAGCUACCUGGCGCGACCGAGUCCACUUACUACACCUAGGCUGGCGACUUUUUUCUUUACGCGGGUCCGACGAGGUACCCUCUCGCCCCGCACAUGAAGUCCCAGCAUACCCUCGAACUUGACAUUGGAUGAUUGCGCCGACACUUUUCUUCUCUUGACGGUUCGAUCUUUAGCGAUUGGCUUUUUUCCCUUUCAUUUUUCUUAUUACUACUCUUUUUUCUCUUUUAUUUAAAACAGAAAACCUCACGGAAGCAUGGCGUCGGCUUGGGAACUGCAUUGGGAACGGGGCAUAGCGCGUAUUGUACAACAUUUCGUUCGACAUAUACCAUCCGCCACAGGUCUGGAUUUUGGUGGGGGACUCCCCCUUUGUCUCUACUUACUUUGCUUCCUGGCUUUUUUUUCCCUACGUUUCUGGGAUAUCAUUUGGGCACGGACGGGAGAUGAGACAAAUCUUGCAUACAGGGCACGAUACCAGGCGUUUUUCUUUUUGGGUGCGGAACACCGGGCGACCGGGAGUACCAUUACCUUCGGCGGGCAGCCUUGCAGGCGCUCUGGAUUUUUGUCAAGUUUAUUUUCUUUUUAUUUUCUUUUUCUGCCAAGUUUAUUCUCAUCCACCUUUUUCACUAUCCCAACUCAUCAAAUCUGUCUUGGCUUUCUACUGCCGUUUGAACCUUCAAUCUGUGUCCGCUCGUCUUUUUAUUGCGAAUCAUCUCCCCCUUCACAUAAAUCCCUGCGCUGGCAGCAGCAUGUCACGUCACUCAGCCUAAGGCAACACCGAGACUAGGAUGGAAUUGAAGAGGAGCAGUGGGCCGGGCCAUUCUACAAUAAGGC